UUGGACAGGAUGGAUGCGGUAGUACGUCCCAAUGUCCACUGCAUGGAGGACUUGAAUGCAUUCUCGGUGAAUUAUGGUGAACCGUCAAAAUGCGCCAUUAGGAAUAUACUUCACGUCGAAUCGAACGACAGCCCAGUUCUUGACUCAGAUGACGUUGAGGUCGAGUACCUUGUUGGACAUACGCAUCGCCACGAGGAGGGUAUCCCUCUUCUCGUGGAGAAGUUCAACGGGCACAUCUACGCACAUUUCAAUGAGGCCAACCAAUGA